GUGAGAACUAUUUUGGAUGAUAAAAGCAACUGAUAUGUACAGUACCCAAACGGAAGAACCCGAAGGUUCUGCAAAAACAGCACCUCUAUAAGCUUGUGCCUUUUCUGCAUAGUAUCUAUGGCUGGACGUGCUCUUGACUCCCACGAAAGCUUCCAGAUAUGGGCGACAAAGUGGCAUGUUGGAAACGGUGAGCGUUUUCGAGUCCUUCAAUCCUCCAAGGUACGCUGACACAAGGCAGACGACAAGAAAUAUCUGCCCCAUGAAGAUGACUCGGAAAUAAUCAAAGAGUACGAUAGCGCUAGUCUCUUUGCUUUGAGAAGACUUGAGGUAAAUAAGAUCGCUCGCGAGUAUCAGGCUGGGCUGUCGCUAAUUUCCGAAAUCAGCGAAAGACUUUGCCUUUGGCACAUUACAUGGAAAUUCAAGAGUGCGUGCCGCAGAGAUGGGCGUCACGACUACAGAUCUGUACGAAGUUUAUUCGGUUCGCAACGUAUCUCCACAUCCCCAUCGAGACGGUCUAUCUAGCGGUCAAUUGUCUUGACCGAUUUCUCUCGGUUCGAGUCGUGUCGGAAUACCAUCUCGACGUAAUUGGAGCGAUCAUUUUUGCCAUUGCGACUGAGUUCGAAAGAUCGAGUAUACCUUCUGUGUUUGAACUCGAUCGUAGUCUCGCAGAGCGAUACCAACCAGAAGAUGUUCCUUUUAUUAAGGCAACCAUAGUUGACGUUUUAGAGAAUUCGCUCAAAACACCGAGUCCGUUCGUGUUCCUUCGUCGAAUCAGCACCGCAGACACGAAGGUGCCGAAAAUCCUCCCGCUUGCGCAGUAUCUAUCGACGUGUAGUCUACUAGAUGAGAGAUACGUCGGGAUUGAGCCGAGCCGCAUUGCGGCAGCGACCUACUACCUUGCUUUACGAAUUAUCUUCGCGAGGAAUCGUCUCGAACUCGAUUGGGUAAGAAAAUUUCAUAUAGCAGCCACCGAAGCUAAUGCCGAAGUAGAGCUACAAGCACGUCAAGCUCUCUGGGUACAGGACGGUGGAGCUGAGACCACUUAUGGCUGCGUUGUGGAAUACCAGUCAACAGGAACAAAGCACCACACCUAUCAAAGCCAUGCGUAUUGGCCAGUUUCGAGAAGCAGCCAAGGUCGUAGACCUUACCUCGAACGGCGUUCUUCCCUUUUUUCCACGAUGCUUCAACCCGUGGGAUUAUGAGGGCCUGUAUGUUCCUUCCUGGGAUGAGUCAGAAGAUAGUAGCUCGCCAGAGAACAUCUCAAGCUCAUCAGAGUCCAGCUCACAAGAUGGAUGGGAAGAGGAGAUGUAAAUGUACAGAAGUAAUGAUCUCCAUGGUAGGCGUGGUUUAGCUUUUUGUCCUGUCACCUGCGAGCGAUAGCAAACCUUAGGCCUGACGCUCGAUCAAUCAUUGUUACGACCCACGAAAGAUCAUGUGAUUCUCGCUAUGGUUGUUUUGUUGGCCAAACAGCUUGCACGGCUCGACGAUUCCAGUCUCACUCAAGCAAAGUUCAAACGGCGUCACUACAGGAUGGGGUCGUCUUAGCU